CCUAAAGGUCCACUACCACCACAAUAAAAACCUCCCAACUUAUCGUUUACCCUAUUUUACAGCUCUUGUAUUGAAUAUUACCCAAAUACUCUAUAUUCCAAUUCAAUUUUCGUUGAAAUCAUCUAAGAUUUGUAUAUAAGAAAAAAUGAAGAGUUGUGAACCUAAUUUGAAGAACCAAUGUCAGCAAAAUGGCACAGCAUAUAUUGUGAUCAGAGAAGACAAGAACGUGAAUGAAUUAGGCAAUAACGUCCCUUCUCUUGUCCCCUACGACUAUUCUGAAGAAGAAGACGAGAAAGAACAAAUUGAAGAUGAAACACAAGAAUUUCCUGGUCCAGUGUAUGACUCUGAAGAUUACGUCUCAGAUCAUGAGUUGAAUUCGGUUUACUAUGACUCCCUACGUUCAGAUUCGCCCGAUUCAGGUUAUAAGAUGCAUGAAGGUCCAGAGGAGUAUAACAUAUGGGUUGUUGAUAAGAAUUGUGAUGAUUCUCACUGCAUUGACAUUUUGAAGGAUAAUGGCUGCGAAUCAUGCUUUCUUCAGGGCGUAAAGUAUUUUCCUGGGAUCUUUUCUGCCAAGUUGGACAAAGAGCAGGUUAAAAAGUUGGAAGGCGACAGUAGAGUCCGUCUUUUGCGUAUAGCAGAUGAUAUGUGCUGUGACUAGGCCGGAUCUUAAGGGUAGUUCCUGGAGCUCUUGAUCGUUAUUUUGCUAAACAUGUUCUAUGUAAAGUUGUAUAUCCACUAUGCUACUGUGGGAGUAUCAUUCCAUAAUGAAAAGCUUAGGAUUUAAGUUCAGUUCAUCUGACGUUUUGAUUACGGUUGGUAAGGAGCUUGGAAUGAAUUCAACCGAAAUCUCAGACGUUUUCGGUGAUUGUGAGAAAACUCUAGAAAUAAAGUGUGAGAUAUUUAAGAACUUUGAAUGGACUGAUUUGGAUAUCAAGAUUAUGCUGUAGAAUAUGAAACAAUGUUUUU